UUUGUUUGUCAUGUCUUCAUCAGCUUGUAGUAUAUAGUUAAUGAAUUCGUUGAUUAUAUUUUUUUCGUGUGUAUCCUCUAAUGAAAAUCCUUUUGCAAUGCAGCAAAAUAGAAAGAGUUGUAAACAUGUAUUUAGGAGCGUUGAAUGUGGCUUUCUGUUUUGAAUUAUUAGGUUUUUGGAUUUUAGAAUCAAAGGAAAUCGUCUAUAUAUUAUCACUGUAAAUGGUGUACUUUUUAGGUUCAAAUUUUACACUUGAAUAUAAACAAAAAUAUCAUUUGUUCGAACUCACUUCGAUUGAAGAUCUCUAUUGUUACCCCCACCAAACUUAACGUCAGUUUCUUACUGAAAAACCAGAAAAGUCCACAAGAAUGUAAGCGAAUGUUAUUAAUGAAAAGACAAGAAUGACAUACGUGUAAGGGAAAUAACAUGAAAAACCACCAAAUUGGUCUAGUAAGUACGAUAAAUAUGUAUGAGAUUUUGUAUGUAUAGAUAGAUGAGGAUAUUUUUUUGCGCAUGUGUGCUCAGAUUUAUAACAUUAGUGGCUAAAAAUUGCAGAAUCUAAAUCGAGUACUAGCAGACAAAAUAAAAUUUUCUUUUCUUUUCUUGUCACAGAUUAUUACAAACCAAAGUUUCAAGUUCUUCAGAUCAAAUCUUCUUGAGAUCUUGAUGAAAUAAAGUCUUAAUUCAUUGGAAUAUGGAGAAGCUUCUCAAUCCGUACGAACAGCAGUACAUGAAAAUGGCUAUGCUUAAACAUGAAGAAACGUUCAAGCAACAGGUAUAUGAGCUUCAUAGGUUAUAUCAAGUCCAAAAGAUUUUGAUGAAGAACAUGCAGAUCAACGAGGGGAAUAAUGUAAGUUCAGGACUAGGGACGUUCAUCAGAAGAGUUGACCAUGAUAUUGACCAACCGGUGAAUUUUCCCGGCGGAGGAGAAUCCGGUGGUAAUAAUAUAGAGAUUAUGGACGAGAGUGAGAUAGAGCUAACGCUUGGACCGUCAUGUUACGGUGGCGAUUUGAUGAGACUGAACAAGAAGAAGAGAAAGAAUUCUUGGCCGGAGAUAAUGGACGAAAAUUUAAAUUCCGGCCGCCAGAGCUUUUCGUCGUCUUCGACAGGGUCAAGCAAUAAUAACCUCAACAAUCUUGAAGAACAAGAGAGAUUAAUGAAACAUCAGAAGCAGAAGCAGCCAUGGCUUCAAGCAUUGACCUUGAAUGUUUUUUGAUAAUAAUAAAUAAUAUUCAUAGUAGCUAUAUUCUGAAAUAGAUUUCUCUUCCUCUCUUCGAUUUAGUAUAUUUUUACCAGGUGAUCUUUUUAAUGCUUAUCAGUAAUUUUCUUCUAUAGUUUCUUUCUAGGUUUCUUGUAAAUAAAAUCAAUAUAAAUACUACAAUGCUAAAAUUCGAGAAUA